CUGAGACUUCAUCCCCCACUCCUUAAGCAGACUUCUGGCAGUCUAAGCUCCAGCCCUCUGUGUUUCCUUCAGGUGAAUCACCAUCUGAUUCCUGUAGGUUCAGGAAAUACUCUUCCCCAGUCGACAAAUCUCACCUACUCUUAGUUAUGAGUCAUUUACAUUAGCAAGAGAGCAAGUUGUUCCAGUAGUUGCCGGGCAGGAGAAUUUGAAAGGGUGCCCCAAAGGACAAUCUCUAAAGGGGUAGGGGAGAUACCUACCUUGUCUGGUAGGGGAGAUGUUUAGUUUUUAUGCUUUACCAGAAAAUCCACUUCCCUGCUGACCUUAGUUUCAAAGCUUAUUCCUAAUUAGAGACAAGAAGCCUGUUUCAACUUGAAGACACCGUAUGAGGUGAAUGGACAGCCAGCCACCACAAUGAAAGAAAUCAAACCAGGAAUAACCUAUGGUGAACCCACGCCUCAACUGUCCCCAAGUGUUUCCUGACACGCAUCUUUGCUUAUCAUCACAACUGAAGAAUGGGGCUCAACUUGACACUUGCAAAAUUACCAAAUAAUGAGCUGCACAGCCAAGAGAGUCACAAUUCGGGCAACAGGAGCGACGGACCAGGAAAGAACACCACCCUUCACAAUGAAUUUGACACGAUUGUCUUGCCGGUGCUUUAUCUCAUUAUAUUUGUGGCAAGCAUCUUGCUGAAUGGUUUAGCAGUGUGGAUCUUCUUCCACAUUAGGAAUAAAACCAGCUUCAUAUUCUAUCUCAAAAACAUAGUGGUUGCAGACCUCAUCAUGACACUGACAUUUCCAUUUCGAAUAGUCCAUGAUGCAGGAUUUGGACCUUGGUACUUCAAGUUUAUUCUCUGCAGAUACACUUCAGUUUUGUUUUAUGCAAACAUGUAUACUUCCAUCGUGUUCCUUGGGCUGAUAAGCAUUGAUCGCUAUCUGAAGGUGGUCAAGCCAUUUGGGGACUCUCGGAUGUACAGCAUAACAUUUACAAAGGUUUUAUCUGUUUGUGUUUGGGUGAUCAUGGCUGUUUUGUCUUUGCCAAACAUCAUCCUAACAAACGGUCAACCAACAGAGGACAGUAUCCAUGACUGCCUGAAACUUAAAAGUCCUUUGGGGGUCAAAUGGCAUACGGCAGUCACCUAUGUGAACAGCUGCUUGUUUGUGGCUGUGCUGGUGAUUCUGAUUGGAUGUUACAUAGCCAUAUCCAGGUACAUCCACAAAUCCAGCAGGCAAUUCAUAAGUCAGUCAAGCCGAAAGCGAAAACAUAACCAGAGCAUCAGGGUUGUUGUGGCUGUGUUUUUUACCUGCUUUCUACCAUAUCACUUGUGCAGAAUUCCUUUUACUUUUAGUCAAUUAGACAGGCUUUUAGAUGAAUCUGCACAUAAAAUCCUAUAUUACUGCAAAGAAAUGACACUUUUCUUGUCUGCGUGUAAUGUGUGCCUGGAUCCAAUAAUUUACUUUUUCAUGUGUAGGUCAUUUUCAAGAAGGCUGUUCAAAAAAUCAAAUAUCAGAACCAGGAGUGAAAGCAUCAGAUCACUGCAAAGUGUGAGAAGAUCAGAAGUUCGCAUAUAUUAUGAUUACACUGAUGUGUAGGCCUUCUAUUGUUUGUUGGGAUCUGUAUGUACAAAGUGUAAAUAAAUGUUUCUUUUCGUUAUCCUU